UUGCAUUUUGUCUAGUUCAGGUCGAUCYGUGGAGGAGGUGGUCUGGAAAAUGGCUGACGGAGUUGAUCACAUCGACAUCUACGCCGAUGUUGAAGAGGAUUUCAACCAGGAAUCAGACUACCCUGCCCAUGACCAGAUAGACUUGUAUGACGAUGUUAUCUCUCCUUCGGCAAAUAAUAACGGAGACGCACCUGAGGACCGGGACUACCUGGACAACCUACCCCCACCUGCUGGCUCCGAGGGGAACAAGAGCACCCCGCCCAACGUAGUUUACACGUACACUGGCAAGAGGAURGCCCUGUACAUAGGCAAUCUCACAUGGUGGACAACAGACGAAGAUUUGACAGACGCRAUUGGAUCAAUAGGCAUUAAGGAUCUGCUGGAGAUCAAGUUCUUUGAGAACAGAGCCAACGGCCAGAGUAAAGGGUUUGCCCUGGUGUGUGUGGGCUCAGACACGUCCUCUAGGAAGCUACUGGACCUGCUGGCUAAACGGGAGCUACACGGACAGAACCCCAUUGUUACCCCCUGCAACAAGCAGUCCCUCAGCCAGUUCGAGAUGCAGUCUCGGAAAAGCCCAGGUACAUCGGGUGGGCAGAUGUCCGGCGAUGGGAAGGCGGGACCCCCCACCAUGGGCCCCCGCGGUGGCUUCCCCAUGGGCAUGGGUAGGGGCCGAGGCCGCUUCCCUGGCCCUCCUGGCCCUGGAGGAGAGCGCUUCCCUGGGCCCAUCGGACCCGGAGGGCCACCGCCACACUUCCCAGGGUCGGGGAUGAGGCCACCUGAACUCAUUAACCAUAGACACACAGAAGGCCACCUGAUGGAUAUGAUUUCAUUGCUUCCGCCGGGACGUGAUGGGAAUUGGCGACCCAGAGGCGGUAUGCAGGGCCCACCUCGACCCCCUCUUGGGCCUCUAGGUCCCCUGGCCCCCUAGGCCCCCUCCCCCAGGACAGGGCCUCCCCCCUCCCAUGCAAGGCCCC